AUGGAUCCAGGUGGCUGGUGGUUGUGUUUGUGUACCUUGGGGAUUUUUGCUGCUCCAUUUCGGGUCAUGGGACAGUGUCCAAAUGGGACUACAAUCAAUGUGAUCCUGCUGGAGGACGAGUCGUCUCCCUGGAGCCUUAAUUUUGUGAAGGGACUGGUUCUGAAGGCUAUAGCAACGGAGUCUGCCAUUCAUCCUGGAAACGAGGAGGUAAAUCUCACACCCAGCUUCAACGGGUUAAACACGACCAUUUAUAGACAUAAAGGCUGCCAAGGAAGCACAUGUGAGGGAGUGGACAUGCUAAAAAACCUGUCGACAUCAGGCCAGCUGGGAUGUGCUGUGCUUGGGCCUACCUGCACCUACGCUACUUUCACAAUUGUUGAUCUGGAAAGAGGUCUAAAUCUCAGCACACCCAUCAUUUCAGCAGGUAGCUUCGGUACCUCCUGUGACAACACUCUCAACCUGCAGCGCCUCCUGCCACCGGCACGCAAGCUCUCACACUUCUUCAUUGAAUUCUGGAAAAACAAGAACACACUGAAAUCUCAGUGGAAGACAGCCUAUGUUUAUAAGAAACAGACCAACACGGAGGACUGCUUUUGGUAUAUAAACACACUGGAAACAGAUGGCUACUUUGCUCCAAAUAUUACUAGGAAAUUGCUGCGCAAACCAGAAGAACUGACCCCAUUACUUGCAUCACCGAAAGACAGGAUAAGUAACCUGUUCAUCAUAUGUGGAUCACCAAUGGACAUAGCAGAAUUGAAAAAUCACUCUAAAGGGGGAGAUGGCAGUGAUAUAGUCUUCAUCCUUAUUGAUCUUUACAAUGAUCAGUACUACACCAACAGUUCAUCAUUGCCAUUCAUGAAGAAUGUGUUGGUAGUGACGAUGCCCAACACCAGGAAUUACACAAUCAACACAAACUUGUCAGACCCCAAUGCAAUGACCGAUUACAUGGCUGCAUACCAUGAUUCAGUGCUGCUGAUAGGUCGAGUGAUGCGGGAAAUUACCAAAAAAUCACCGUCAGAGUUGCACGAUAUGCAAUAUGUUAACGUGAAUUACUUCAGGAACACCUCCUUCGAAGGUAUUUCUGGAAAUUACAGGCUGGACAAGCAUGGAGACAGAGAUGUGAAUCUCUCAAUCAUUUACACCACUACUGACAACAAGUACCGAACUUUAUUCAUAUUUGACACUGAGCGCAGCCUCACCACAGUGAAUGACACAGCCCCUUCUUUCCUCUGGGGAAGCAGACUUCCUGAAUCCACUCCCGACCAAGGCCCUGCAACUCACGACAUCAUUGUCAUUGUGUUGGCCGUCACAGUGGUUGUGGUGGCCACCAUCGCCUUCAUUUUCUACAGACAGAACAGGAGAGAUCGGCUGCAGAGGAAACGCUGGUCUCACAUCAGCAGUGAUCUCAUCUCACUGCUGGAGAACAAUGAACUGAAUGUCAUCUCUCUAAAGAUUGAAGAUGAGAGGAGGAAGAAAUUUCCAACCCGCCGUGUACUCUAUGACAAGAAGAUUGUGAUUCUGAAGGAGCUCAAGCACUCAGACGGGAACUUUAAUGAGACCCAGAAGAUAGAACUGAAUGCGCUCCUGCAAAUUGACUAUUACAAUCUCACAAAGUUUUAUGGCACGGUGAAGCUUGAACAGGGUGUGUUCGGAGUGUUUGAGUAUGGAGAGCGGGGGUCACUCAAAUACGUGCUGAAUGACAAGGUUUCAUACCCAGAGGAGACCUUCAUGGACUGGGAGUUCAAGAUCUCCGUCAUGUAUGACAUCGCCAAGGGCAUGUCCUACCUUCAUGCCAGUGACAUCCAGGUGCACGGUCGCCUCAAGUCCACCAACUGUGUGGUGGACAACCGCAUGGUGGUGAAGAUCACUGACUUUGGCUGCAACACCUUCCUUAACCCUGGCAGAGACUUGUGGACAGCCCCAGAGCAUCUGAGGAAACAGGGCACCUCACAGAAAGGAGACGUCUACAGCUUUGCCAUCAUCGCUCAGGAGAUUGUCCUUAGAAAGUGCACCUUCUACACUGAGCACUGUUCUGAACGAGCAGAAAAGAUGUCCAAGGUCAUCAUGUCCUACUUCAGACCUGAUCUUGACUUUGAGACAGCUUCAGGGAAAGAAUUGGAGGUGUACAUGUUGAUAAAAAGCUGUUGGGAGGAGGAUCCAGAUAAAAGACCUGACUUUAAGAGGAUAGAAAACUGUCUGGGGAAAAUCAUCAGUAAAAUUCAUAACCAGGACAAUGAGAGCUACUUGGACAACAUGAUCAGACGGCUGCAGAGUUAUUCCAGAAACCUGGAGAACCUGGUGGAGCAGAGAACGGCUCUCUAUAAAGCCGAGAGAGACCGUGCCGACUGCCUCAACUUCAUGCUACUUCCUGGACCAGUGGUGAAAAGCCUGAAGGAGACUGGUGUGGUGGAGCCAGAGUUGUACGAGGAGGUGACGAUAUAUUUCAGUGACAUAGUGGGUUUCACCACUCUGUGCCAGUACAGCACACCCAUGGAGGUAGUGGACAUGCUCAACGACAUCUACAAGGGCUUUGACAGCAUCGUCGACCACCACGAUGUUUAUAAGGUGGAGACGAUAGGUGAUGCCUACAUGGUGGCCUCUGGGCUGCCAAGGCGAAAUGGGAACAGACACGCGGUGGAUAUAUGCCGCAUGGCCUUGGACAUCUUGGCUUUCAUUGGCACCUUCCAGCUUAGACACCUGCCUGGCAUCCCUGUGUGGAUACGCAUUGGUGUACACUCAGGUCCCUGUGCAGCAGGUGUGGUGGGGAUAAAGAUGCCCAGAUAUUGUCUAUUUGGUGACACAGUCAACACAGCAUCUCGCAUGGAGUCCACAGGCCACCCCCUGCGGAUCCACGUCAGUCAGCCUACUAUAGAAAUCCUGCAGAGGACAGACUGCAAGUUUGAGUAUGAGAUCAGAGGAGAAACAUAUCUGAAGGGUAAAGGAAUGGAGACAACCUACUGGUUAACAGAUGAAGGGGGUGAAGACUACAACCUCCCAACUCCACCUACAACAGAGAACGUUCAGCGGCUUCAGCAGGACCUCGCCCACAUGAUCCUGAUGUGUCUGGAGCGCCGCGCUCGUGGGUCUGUGCGGAGAAAACAGAGUCACAAGAAGGAGGACGACCAGGAAUCAGAGGUGGAGUCUGAGAGUGACCACCCUGUGUACCUGCAGCUGGCCACGGUGGAUAACACACUCAGUACCUUCCUGUAGGACAAACCUGCUGUACAGUACAUCACUGUCAAACCCUGACUGAAUGACACUAUUCAGGAAAAGUGGAAUAUACCAGUAGAUAGAGCUGCACA